AUGAAUGUGAAUGAAAGUCUUAAUACAGAAAGAGACAAAGCAAAUCUAUUAUGUUUAAUUAAAUUAACAUUAAAUACAUUAAUUGAUCAAUCAUCUUCACCAACAGCAUCACCAGUACUUGAUGAUCGAAAUGCAGAUGUAACAAAUUUUAUUUUAACACUUGAACGUGUACUUAGUUUUCGUAUGAAAGCAAAUUGGCUAUCAGAAAGACGAUAUUUUUGGGAUUUUGUUCGUCCUGCAUGUAUUGGAUCAUCAAGACAAAGUAUCAUCGAACGUGUAGAAGAAGUAUCAAAAACAAAAAGUAACAAAGAAAAGGGUCGAACAUGGAUAAAAUUUGCAUUAAUGGAAAAAAAACUUUCUGAACUUUUAAAAAUUGUAAUAUCUGAUUGUCAUCUAGUACGAAAAUUCUAUCAUGAUGAUUCUAUUAUGACUUCUUCACAAGCAUUUAUUUUAUGCGAUCAAUUAGCUGGUUUAAGUGCUAUUGAUUUUAGUUUUUGUUUCAAGCAAGAUGGACCAAUCAUUGCUCCUCUAUUACUUAAUAAUUCAGAAAUUGAUGUUAUUGAUAUAACACCAUUCUUAUGCUAUAAAUCAAAACAUAUUAAACAAUUACUUCGAGAUCAAAAUAAUGAUGAAGAAAAUAAACAACCAUUGCCAAUAUUAUCAGCUGUUAAUGAACUUAAACCAUUAAAUCCACCUUCAAGUGAAAUGAUUCCAUUAGAAAAACAUAAACUUGAAAUAGAACAACGUAAAUAUUUCGAAGAACUUUUACGACAUCGUGAUCGUGAAUUACAACAAAUAAAAGCUCGUUUUGAUACAUUAAAGAGUGAACGAGAAAAUGAAGUAAUGUUAAUGGAAAAUAUUAUACUUGAACUUCAACUUGAAUUACGAGCUGCUCGAGAUGAAGCCGAAUUUAAACGUAAAAAAUCUCCACAACCAGAAGCUAAAACACCACCAAAAGGUCUUUUUAAUUUUGCACAUCGAAAACUUAAUUCACCAACAACACCAACGAAUGAUCGAAAUCAAAAUAAUAAUAAUGAUGAUGACGAUGAUGAUGAUGAUAAUGAUGCACAAAUGGGUCCAAUUGUUGCUACAUUAAUAACAGAUACUGAUGAAUCAUCAAAUUUAAUUGUCGAUACUGGAAGUCAAAAAAAUGAUUUUGUAUAUCCACCUUCUCAAUCUUCUCGUCGUUCAAGUUAUUCAACAACAACUACAAAUACAGAUGAUGAUCAAUAUGAACUUGCUCGUCAAUUAACAUCUACUAAUAAUCAAACAACGAAUGAAAUCAAACCUACAUCAAGUCCUGAAAUGCUUUCAUCAGCUACAUCACUGUCAAGUCAAUCUUCAUCAUCAUUAAGUGAUGAAGAUGAAAUUAAAGAAAAAACAAUUACAACAACCACUGAUAAUUCUAAUAAACCAAUUAUUCAUGAAUCGGGUCGUUUUGAACCAAUUGAAAUGACAGCUGAACAAGCAAAUCUAUUACAAGAAGCUAGUAUAACUGAUUAA